UUUAUAAAUUCCCACUCCCCUUCCCUCUUCUGCAAAGCGUACUCCCUCAGCUAGCUGCAUCCUUUCUUUUUACGUCCUCUUUUUUCCUCCUGAGAGUCCUAACAGGCUAACACAUGAGAGAAGGAGCAAGAGAAACUGCAAGUAAUGAUGGAGAGCCAGGAUAUUUCUUCACCCAACUCGGACGCAUCUCGUCCGUCCCUGGGUUUCCCUCUCGGAACUGCCCUCCUCUUGAUCGUCAUCUUCAGCUUGAGCGGUAUCUUCUCCUGCUGCUACCAUUGGGACAGGUUCAGAUCACUACGUGAAUCUUUCUCCCAUGACCAAGACCACGACGCUGAUCAAGAUAUCGAGGCUGCUUCACCCUCCAAAUCCAAACCCACAUGCAUGAAUCAAAGCCAAAGUUUGCCUGUACUGAUGCCCGGAGAUCAGAUUCCAAAGUUUAUAGCAUUGCCUUGUCCAUGUAAGCCUCCACGUCCAGAUCAUGAAAAGACCGUCGUGGCCGUGAAAGUGCAGAAACCACCGAAGCCACCGCCUCGUUUCCCAGUGCCUUUGUAUUAGCCAAAAAGACAUUUAUGAGCAUGCUGUUGAUCAUCAUGUAUAUGUGAAGCUAGUGAUGGAAUUAAGCAGAUAAUUAAUUUUUACUUGGAAUUUACCUGUUCGCGAGAAUUAGAUUCUACCUAUAUGUAUUGUUAUGUUUUGCCUAAUAGAAAAGGGCAGUCACUUUGUAAAUUUGAAUCACUUCAUUUACCCAAGUGGUGUAGUAUUAAUUAAUUUUGUAGUUUUGUUCAAAUGUAUGCAUGGAGGGGUGGGAAGAGUAUUGAUCCGUGGCAAAGUUGAAGGCUACGUUUAGAAAUUGAGAUCUGUGAAUAGUAAUAUUUUAUGGGAUGAAUUUAAUUUUUUUAA